AUGGAAUUUACAUCUUCUCUUGCUUUCCCUGGCAAACGGUUCAUAAACCACUUGAUACGAACCGUAGAAUCCCCUGUGCAAGACUUCUGCUCAACUCUAUGCUACAUGGAACCCAACUGCGUCAGUUAUAACGAAUUAGUGACCAGCAGAUCUUCAGUGAUCACAAAAUGCGAACUAAAUAAUUCCACACGCAACGUACAUCCUCAGGAUCUCAAGUCUUGGACAAACUACAUAUAUAAAGGAACAAUGGUGAGUACAUUCUUAUCUGUAAAUAUUCAUCAUUCUUAACUGUGCUUUUCGUUUAUCCUGCGUUUGGUGAUUUUUGAAUAACAUUACUUGUCAUUUGGUAGAUUAGUAUAUAAAGUUGGCUCAACCUUGGGUUGUUUAGCUCGUAAAUGUUCGAUGUUAAGUUGAUUCGCUGGCAUGUUGUUUGGCUGGCUGCGCAAUGUUUGUUUCCAAUUGGUUUGUAUGGUUGAUUUGUUGCCUGGCUGGUUGGUCAGUUGAUCUGAUCUAAUGUGACGUUUCAGUUUUCAUUUUAUAGUACCAUUACAACUUACCACUUCGAUUGGCAUAUAUCUGCUUUUAAACCUCGUUUUCACAUUAGAACACUUGUGGACAGACUCCAUGCCAACAUAAUGGCACUUGUCAGACAGGAUUUACAGACAAAGGUUAUAGAUGCCUUUGCCCACCUGAAUACAAGGGCACCAAUUGCGAGGAAAGAAACGGUAGGUAA